AUGGCCACUCCAAGUCUACCGAUCAAGACACCACUCAAAGGCAUCCUCAAACAGUCGCAAUGCAUACCUCAAGUCAUUCAGGAUCUCCGUAAAGAGUUGGAUGACUACACCGUUGAGCUUCCCAUGAUCCCUCUUUUACUUGACUGCGAAGAUGCUCCAGGAAUUGGCAUUCUUGCUGUCAUUCGUCGACCGAUCUCAGAACUAUCCCCUGAAAUUUUACGCGUCUUGCCCUCAAUAGUUGCGCUCCGCCAUCAAUUCAGCAAAGAUGUAAGUUUGUUUUCUUGUCCCUAUCCCUUCAAGAUGGGCAAAAAGAAUACAGAGCUAAUACACUGUAGUGGUCUGAAAGCUCAGACAUGGAUAGCGACUGGGAUUCCGACAUCGAUUCCGAUGGCGAACUUUUCGACACCAAUACCUCACAACAAACAAGACGCCUCUCCACACCACCCACAGAACAAAGUUCCUUCGUUACCUGUCCAGAAACCAUCCAAGAGGCCGCCACACCACGAAAAACCGUCCAAUGGAACAACACAGUCUGCUUCAACGACAAACCCACAACUCAAAAACCCGUCCACUUCCACAAAUUAAACUACCUCAAAGCCGUCUCACUCCCCCUAAACAUCUCUGACCUUCCCCCAGCACUCCGCAACGAGAUCAACAUCCUCCUCGCCGACAGCCCAACCACCACCAAACUGGAGGAUCUCUUCGUCCUGAUGAACGUUCAGGAUGAAGACGCUUUCUGGCGGAAGAAACGACGCUGUGAUCAGGCGGUCAAACUUCAACGUUUGGCGAGGAACGCAGAGGGGUGCUUUGAUGAUGAGGAUGAUGAGUCGGAUGAUGAGACGGAGGAGGAGGAUAUUACGUAUGUUGAUCCGGAAAGUGAUCAAGAGUCUGAAGAGGGAUUUAAGAGUCGCAUGUCAACAAUAUAUGAGGAGCAAGAGGAGGACGAUUUUGGAAUUGUGUUUGAACAUGAUGAGGAGGAUAUUCCGCUUGCGGAGCCGGUUUAUGGUGAGAGUUUCUCUGACGCUGAAAGGAACCGCUGUACAGAUGGGGCCUGUGACUAG